AUGCUUAAUAAGGAUACAGAUACAGAGAUUACCCGGCAGUUCAUCCUAACAAUUCUUAAGGAGGUUAAACAGGAGACUAUGUGGAGAGACACCGUGGUCGAAACAGAGCUCAAGACAUUACCGAUAAACUUACUGGAUAAGGGAAAAAAUAAAGACUAUCUACAACAAUUUACUAAGACUUAUUGGGCCAAUAUCGUCAACCUGGUGACCCACCAGAAAGCGGACUGCCUCAGGGGUGAUAUGGCUCAAUUCAACAAUAAAACAACCCUUCAAGACCAACUCCUGCCAACCCCAACAUGGGGAAAUAUCAUUGUUGACACUAAUUUUCGUGAUAACAUGAUGUUGCUCAAGACUCCAGCUCUUGACAACCCGUUGACCCGUGCUGCAUUUGCUGACGAGGGGGAUGUUUUUAGCACUUUAAUCCACUACCGUGAAUUAAAGCAGAAAAUGCUCCUGACCCUUGAGUAG